UACAUUUGUAUGUCCCCGUUUUGUCGCCAAGUUCAACGCCAAAUUUUUGACACUGCAUUGGCACCCUUUUACCAAUCGAGUUCAUGUGCAAUCGAGUCCCAUUGGCAAAGCUACAUCUGUAGUACACAUAGUGCAUACUGUAAGUCUAACGCUACUUUUUUGCUUCUUAUCCUACGCAUUGGAAAGAUGAAAUGUGAGAGUAAUUAAAAUUGAUGGUUUCGAGUCUAGAUCGAAGCUACCGGAACGCUGUUAUAGUUUCUGUAAAAAGUCGUGAACAGCGAUGUCCUUGGAUGCCAACGGUUUCCUAUCGAUUGGGACGUCGCGAUCAGAACCUUGUAUGAUAACGAAAUGCAGUCAGCAGAUUGAAGGCAAUCUCUACAAGUCUGUGGUGAAACGAUUCACUCAUUUAGGGUAAAUCUAUACAGAUUACGAUAUAAAUUCAAACAAUGGGACUGUAACCAUAUUCUAAACAGCUGUUGCAGUAAAGGGACACUGUUCACGCCGAUUCACGUUUGCUAGCCUGUAAUGAGAGAGGGUCUCUUCUGAUCAAAGUACUAUGGCAUGCGAAACGUUUGUGAAAGAAUUUCAAUCUGAGAAUUUAAGCCUUCAUCAUGAAAACCCAUCGGACUUUCUUCGCUCUCAGUGGCCAAUUAAUCAAAAAUUGUACGUCGGUUGUCGUAUCAUUGUCUCCUUGGCACUGAUUGGUUGGUUCCUGGCUGAUAUUAUCUACGAAUCAGAGACGUUCUAUCAGGACAGAACCUGGACGUACGCUGUGUACGCUACUAACUGGAGCUUCUUUCUGCUGGUCAUCACAAGCGUGUACCAGACAGUGUGUAGUCUGGUCUACACGGCCAAGUCUUCCGACAAUCUAGCAGACGAUAGAUACUUUGACAGGAUGCCCCUGUCUCUAAAGAUUCUCUGGGUGCUGAAAAACAUGAGCUACAACUCCGCCUUCAUAGUCACUAUGUCAUAUUGGGCGUUUAUAAUAUUCCUUGACCAUAGCAAGAUUUUUCAAACCGAGCUGAGCAGACUCAAACACACUUUGAACUCGGUGUACGUCAUCAGUGACGUCAUGAUUUCUGCCACGCCCUUCCGUCUUCUCCAUAUGUUCUACACAGUAGUCCUCGGUUCUAUCUACUCACUCUUCAACGCCAUUUAUUUUCUGAACGACGGAACGAUUCUGGAAGGGCGGCACUAUGCGUACAACGUCCUGAACUGGGUGAAGCCGACGGAGGCCAUUGUGACGUGUAUACUUUGUAUUGUCCUGGCCAUUUUGAGCCAGACAUUUUUGUUCCUUCUCUAUCGGUUACGUUUGUUGAUAUUUUCUAAAGUGUAUUUUAAGGAACCUGCAUUAGCGCCCUUGGAUGAUUUUGAAUCGGAAAUGAGCAGUAUUAUCUCCGACCAACCCAACUACACUCUAGAAUAGCUUAAAGGUUAUAUAACUAUUUAAUUAAUAUAGUACGUAUUUAUCUAUGUGAUAUUUAUAAAAAAUAUUUACGAUUUUAAAUUAAGAGAGCGAUAACAGUUUAAUUCUUGCUGGCGUUCAAAGUUCAUAAACGUGAUUUUUUGAGAUGAAUAAUGAAAAUAAGAGUAAUCAGCAUUACUAAUGUUGUUUUGCAAAACAUAUGUUCUUAGUUCUACUCCAUCUUUUUUUAUAAAAUCGAUCGACUUUUAUCUCUUAAGUGUAACAUACGGAAUAGAUGCUGUUAUUUAGAUUAAUAAUAUUCAAGCAUUGCAAUUAAUGUGUAUAUUUAUAAUGUUAUUGUUUGUAGUAAAAACUAUG